UGUAGAUCACUCUGCUGGAGGUAUGUAAGGUAGGCAUGUAGCUCUCUCAUGAAAAAUCUCUUCUCUGUUGUCCUCUAGCUCGCGUCGUAUCUUCAGUCAAGAUGUGGUCCAUGUGGUCGUCUGCGUGGUCGUCUGCCCUGACUGUCUCGUCUGCCAUCUCUGCUGCCACUUCUACUCCUACUUCCGUCGCCACAACGGCAGCAUCUUCUUCGUCCCCGUGUACCGCAACUCGAACAACCGCAUAUAGUCCGUUCAGCUACACCGUCGAGACAUCAACUCGAUAUGCGACUCCCGUCCCAUCUCCGCUUGUCUUAACAACAACAUACGCCCCGCCGUUCUCGGAAGCCUCGUCUCUGCUCCCAACAGGGUUGACGUACACCUCGUACUCGCUCAAUCGCUCCCUCACCACGCUGCAAGAUGGCGAGUACGGGCAAGGAGCGUACGCUCGGCUCUGGAAACCCUUGCGCUACAACACCACCGUGCCCUUCACCACCACCGUCUCCCCGACACCCCUUGCAAGUUCAGAACUACGCGCCCCGCCUCCUCUCUACACCGCUUGUCCCCAAUCUGCCGACGAAUGCCUGGAUUGCUACAAGCUCCCCACCGACUUCAUCUGGGGAGUGGCCGGCAGUGCCUUCCAGAUCGAAGGCGGACUCAUGGAAUCUGGUCGUGGACCUAGCCAACUCGACACCUUUGGCUCCCUCCCCAAUAAAGAGGGCUAUGCCAAUGCCGUUGUUGCGGACAUGAACUACUACUUGUACAAGCAAGACCUUGCUCGGCUUGCGGCUGUCGGCAUCCCAUACUACUCCUUCUCGAUCUCGUGGACGCGCAUCGUGCCUUUUGGAACGCCGGGAAGCCCGAUUAAUCAGCCUGGUUUGGAUCACUACGAAGAUCUGAUUAACACCUGUAUUGAGUACGGCAUUACUCCGAUCGUGACAAUCAGCCACGACGAUGCUCCGUUGAACCUCACGUACGUCGAUCCACAGUUUCCGGAGGCCUUCUUGUACUACGCCCAGCAGGUGAUGAGCCGUUUUGGCAACGUUGUUUCGCACUGGGUGACUCUCAACGAGCCCAAUAUCAACUUUGGCAUUGACUACUAUGCCGUCCCCAACAUCCUCAUGGGCCACGCGAAGGUCUACCAUUGGUACAAAGAAGAACUCAAGGGCACUGGCCUCAUCACCUUGAAGUUCGCCAACAACCUUGCCGUGCCCUUGGACAGCAUGAAUCCCGAAGAUACCGUUGCAGCCCUGCGCUACCAGGACUUCAUUCUCGGCAUCAUAGGCAAUCCCAUCUUCUUAGGACAACAGUACCCGUCCAAUGUGCUCAAUACUCCUAACAUCAACCUCACCGCUCUGACGGACGAGGAGCUCGCGUACAUCAAUGGUACCGCGGACUUCUGGGCUUUCGAUCCGUACACCGCCGGCUUCGCCACGAGUCCACCAGGAGGUAUCGACAGCUGUGCUGCGGAUAUGAACAAUACCCUCUGGCCAUCUUGCGUUUUCACUACAAACGUGCAGCAGGACGGUUGGCUGAAUGGACAAGCCAGCUUUGCAUACGCCUACAUCGCCCCGCAGUACGUGAGGCAGCAGCUCGGAUACGUAUGGAACGUUUUCAAGCCCUCCGGCGUCCUCAUCGCCGAGUUCGGCUUCAACCCCUUCUACGAGUUCGCGGAAACGGUGGUGGCGCAGCGCUACGACCUGCAACGCACCCUCUACUACCAAUGGUUCCUGCGCGAGACGCUCAAGAGCAUCUACCUCGACGGCGUGAACGUCAUCGGCGCCCUGGCGUGGAGCUUCCUCGACAACGACGAGUUCACGAGCUACUACGAGCAGUACGGGCUGCAGCACGUGAACCGCACGAAUGGCGAAUUCACACGCAGCUUUAAGCGGAGCAUGUUUGAUUAUGUCGACUUUUUCCACCAGUUUGUGGAGGGGUAGGCGUAGGUGGGACGGGACGGGAGAUG